GGGGAAUUGGGGCGGGGGUCGCGGGUCUGGGGGUGUCCCGGGCUGAGCCCGGUGCGGGAGACCCUCCCGCUGGUGGAGGCGGAACCCCCCUCCACCCCAGCUCUGCGGGGAAGGGGGUGCGGGGUGACCCCCCCACGGGGUGAUACCGGGCGGGGCAUCAUUAGCGGGUGGUUGGUUAUUAGCGGGCGGGAGGUGGGUUAUUACCUGUGCGCUGGUCAUUCCCCAGCGGUGAAUUCCUAGGGGAGGGGUCAUUCCCGGGUGGUGGGUCAGUGCCGGGGUGGGGGUCAUUCCCGGGCAGUGAAUUCCCAGGGUAGGGGGUCAUUUCCGAGCGGAGAAUUCCCGGGGUGGGGGUCAUUCACGGGCAGUGAAUUCCUGGGGUGGGGGUCAUUCCCGAGCGGUGAAUUCCUGGGGGAGGGGUCGUUCCCGAGCGGUGAAUUCCCGGCGUGGGGGUCAUUCCCGAGCGGUGAAUUCCCGGGGUAGGGGGUCACUCCCGGCUAGUGGGUCAGUGCCAGGCUAGGGAUCAUUCCCAAGGCCGGCUGUGGGUUGCAGAGCUCCGUCCGUGGGGCCGGACAGGCGCGUCCCCCCCAUGCGGGCAGGAGCCGGCGCUGGGCCAUGAGCAACGCCACGGCCCCCACGGCCCCGGGUGCGGCGGGGGACUCGCUGGUGGGCUCCGUGCUGGGGCCCUUCCUCCUCCUCACCCUCCUCGGCGCCCUCCUGGCCGCGGUGAUGUACGUCAAGAAGAAGCGCAGGUCCGACCGCUUGCGGCACCGGCUGCUGCCCAUGUACAGCUACGACCCCGCUGAGGAGCCGCCCGAGUCGGAGCAGGAGCUGCUGGUGGAGGCUGAGGAGGCUCAGGUGGUGCCCGGCUGGGGGGGAACCUCGCCCCCUUGGCCCCCUCGCAGGGACUGGAGGGCCUGACCCUGCCUGGAGCACCGGGACCGGGUGCUGCCCACGGGAGGAAGGGAGGACGGUGUCAGCACCGGGACCAUCAGCCAAAACGGGCAGGAUGUGCCCACACUGGUGCCAUGAUGCCACUGCCCCCACCUCUGAGCACUGACCAGGACGGGACAUCUCCCACCUCAGUGCCUCAUUUUGCCAUUUUUUUUUUUUCCCUUUUGCUUGAACUGCUCCAGCAGCCCCUUGGAAAAUGCCAGGAGGGCCCACAGGGGCUGGCAGACUGGCAGGGAGCAGCAGGAUCUGCUGGCACGGGAUGCCUGGGGGAAGAUGGGGUAAAUAAAAAGUGUCUCUGCCUUGGC